AUGAGUAAUAACAAUCCUGCUUUGGUGAAUGGCAUAAGCCGUCAGGGCUCACUGGCGGACCGGGGACCCUUUCGACCAGCAGUGCUGCAGCGCAACCAGUCCGCAUCGGGCGCGGUAAGACAUUCUAUUCUCUAUUUUACCAAAUUUAUUGAACGUACUAUCGCCUACUCGUCUCACACCCUGCGGGUGCCAUGUCCCGCCUCUCCAUCCACAUCACGGCAGUCCAACGGCAGCGUUCGGCAGGACCCGACGCUGGAUGCCUUGCUCAUCGAUGCGGCACCACCACCAGCAGGUUACGGUGCUGGUAGCGGCACUGACUGCAACGCAGCAGCGCCAGUGGCGUUCCCAGGCGCCGUCGACUCUCCCAAAUUGGAGGAUGCCGUAAGACAGCCAGAGGACGCCUCCGAUGUGGUCUCAGCCGCCACCACAGAUCCGUCCAGGUCCCCCCUUCCGGUAGCUCCAGCAGCUAGCAGAACCGCGUCCCGGCCGUCCAGCGCUGACCCUCCUGCCACUGCAGCCGCUACCGCUGUCACUGCCCCCCCCAGCCGGCUCACGAACGGCCCUUCGCCAUCACGGUCCUCCCUGGCGGCAGCGCCACCGCCAGGGUCGCCGCAGCGCUCUGUCGUACUGGUGCCGCCUCCGCCUCCGCCAGCUGGUGAAGGAAGGAGCUCGGCGGCUGGUGCCGUGAGUGGUGGCGGUGGCGGUGGCGGCGGCAGUCCACCUUCCACCGCUGGCUCUGGCGUGACGGCUAAACUGACGACAUCACGGUCUCUGUCACGUGCUCACUCACGCCGGCCGCCGUCGCGGUCGCACUCGCGCGCGGCCAGUCCGUUAAAGAUUGGCGCCGCGGCUGCUGCUGCUGCUGCUGCUGCUGGUGGGGGUGCUACGUCAGACACGCAGGUGAUGUCUUUCAGUCGCAAGGAGGUUUCAAUUCGUGAGGAAAUGGAGAACAGGGCGCAAGCAGUGGGUUUGCUCUCCCCUGACACGCGUUACUGGAUCCAUGUAGACAAGUACGGCAAUCUGUUGGCCCCCGGCCAAGAGGCGGUCCUGGAGCAGGAAGAAAAUGGCGGGGAUGUACGGCAGGAUAGCUGGGGAGCCAUUAUCCAGUCGUGCAGGCAGUACAUUUGGCAACUAAUGACCGAUCCAGAAUCCUCCGGGGCGGCAUACGCCGUGUCAAUGCUGAUCGUGGUGGUCAUCAUUCUGUCUACCGUGUGUUUCUGUUUGGACACCGUUCCGCAAUACUCCAAGGAACGGGGUCCCGCGGCGCACAAGGCCUUCAUCAUUAUUGAAGCCGUGACGGUGCAGAUCUUCGCAGCAGACUACUUGCUCAGGUUGCUCACGUGCCCUGCGCUGUUUCCCUUCCUCCUCCACCCCCUCAACAUUAUCGACCUGGUGUCGGUGGUGCCUUGGUAUGUGGAGGUGGGGAUGGAGAGCAGCGGGAUGGAGGGUACUGCCGUAUUCCGUGUGCUGCGCCUGAUGAGGGUGUUUCGGGUGCUCAAACUGGGAUCCAGGUAUCGCAAGCUCCUCCUGGUGACCUCCACGCUCGUACAGUCCGUGGACAUGCUGCUGCUAAUGGUGUUUUUCGUGUCGGUGGUGGUGGUGGGGGCAUCCACUCUCAUCUUCUUUGCGGAGAGGGGUUCGUACGACUCGUCGCUUGGUUACUAUGUACGGAAGCAUGAGAGGUACUUCACGAGCGACCUCGAUCCUAUCGUGAGCCCCUUCGAGAGCAUUCCCUCGGGCUUCUGCCUGGGGGGCAGAUUCAUUGCGUGCGCGACCAUGCUGUGCGGCAUCCUCUCCAUCGCCCUGCCCGUGGCCGUCAUCUCCUCCAACUUCACCACAGUUUGGGAGGCCCACCACCGGCGACGGCGGGCCGUGGAGCUGGGUUUGGGGGAGAGCUCCCCGCAUUUGGGGCUCCUGGGGGGGGCGCUGGGCCGCCAUCUGGAGUCGAUGAAGGACCUGGAGGACAUACUGGUGAAGACUCUGUCCAAGCUGUCGGACCUGCAGUCAGCGCUCAGGGAAAGGGGCGCUGCACGGGAGGCGGAAUUGGAGGCCCUGCUACAACAGUGGGCGGAUGUGGUGGCGCCGCCGCAGGCGGCAGCGGCCCGUCGCAUAGGUGCCGUACUGCGUCGCCUGGGGGCUGACCCCGAGUUGGAGGCGCGGGCCGCGGCGGAGGCCGCCAGGCUGGGGGCGCUGGAGGAGAGCCUGGCGGCGCUACAGCACGAGCAGUACCAGCGUCUGAUGGCCAUGCUACUGCCGCUGCCGGAGCAGGACGCUAGGGAGGCGCUGCUGCAGGCUCUCAGGCCGCCGCCGGCGGUGGCGGCGGCGACGGCGACGGCAGCGGCUCCGCCUUCGGCGGAGCAGGAGGAGGAGGCGCCGGCUCCGCCGCCGCCACCGGCGGUUCCGCCACCCCCGCCGCCGGCUUCAAAGGGAAGGGCUGUAGCUGAGAGCCUGGAGUCGGAGGGCGACUUGGAGCCACAACAGCCGCAGCCUCCUCGUUCUCCUCCUCCUCCGCAGCCGCCGCUGCAGCAGCAGCAGCAGCAGCAGCAGUGCGACAUAGGUCCGGUAAGGGAGUUGAAGGAUGCGGAGCAAGAGGAGAUUAUCUUGGGAGCAGCGGGCUCAAGCGGCACGUCAGGGAACGGCGACCUGCUGCCGCCGCCGCCGCCGCCGGCCCAGCAGCAUCAGCAGCAAUUGCCGUACAGGACGUCACCGCCAGGCUCCCGGGAGGGUGUACGGAGCCUGGUGUCGCGUCUGCAGGAUGCCCUGGAGGGCUUUGGGGGUGAGCAGGAGGAGGAGGAGGAGGAAGCGGAGUCGCAGCUGCACGUGCUGCCGCCUCCGCUGCAGGGGGCGUCGGAGCAGCAGCAGCAGCAGCAGCAGCAGGAACAAAGCUUGGGUCCUGGAGGGGGGAAGCAGGGGCCAGGCGGCGGCAAGGCGGCAUGGCCUGAGCAGGCGGGAGCAGGGGACAAGGAGGACGUAGAUAUGCUGUCUCUCCCACAGCCGCCGCCGCCGCCGCCGCCGCCUCAUCAGCAGCUGGAAGGGGAGCAGGAGCAGAAGCAGCGGCCGCUGUCUCCCGUCACCGCGGCUACGCCGCUGCCACCGCCGCCGCCACCGCUGCCGCCGGCGUCAUGUGGCCCACCACCGCCGCCGCCGCCGCACCUCCCCGAGCUGCCUGCCGUCACCACUGUACCGCUGCACGCCGCCGCCAAAAUUGCCUUCAACGUUCCGCCCGAGGGGUCCUCAGGUCGGCCCUCCACCGUCACCACCGGAACAUCCUCCACGUCGAUCGGCAGCGGCGGCGGCGGCGGCAGCAGCGGCCGCCCGCCGCGGCCCCACGCCGCCGCCAACCUCCCCGCCGGAGUCCUCAUGCUCCGUGCCGUCUCCGCCCGCGGCGGCCGCGUCGGCAGUGCGGCAGCCUCCGGAAGGUCCUCUUCCGUACCCGGCAAUGCCGUCGUCCCCGUCCCCGGCUCUGCCCCCUCUAAACCUCCAACUCCCCCGCCCGCACCGGGGCCCGCACUCGCGCCCCCCCCGCCCGUAACCUCCCCCUCGCCGGCCCUGUUUGCUGUGACGGCGACGGCGCCGUCAGUCGCCGUAUCGCCUUUCUCGGCGGCAUCGAGCGCCGCCGCCGCCGUUGCCGCCACCGGUGCUGCGCUGAAGCUUGGACCUUGGGGUCCAGCGGCGCCGUCAGGUGGUGACGUUGCUGCUGACGGCGGCGGCGGCGGCGGCGGCAACGCCAACGGCAUGAGCCAUACCCAGGGAUGGUUCCUGGACGAGCAAGAGCCUGAGCCGUCUGCAGCCACGGCGACAGAGCUACGGGAGGCCCUGGAGGCUCUUCGCGGGUCGCCCAUCUACGAGCGAAUGCUGGAGGAGGUGGCGGAGGCUGUAGCGCUGGAGGAGGCCCUGCACCUGUGCUGGCGGCAGCUGGGUGCCGUACUGCGGGCCUGCAGCCUCAUGUGCGGGAACUGCCUGCCGGAGAAUCUGGAUCUGUGCCGGUCGCAGUACAGGCAGCUGGCGCAGUUGGGCAAGGAGACCGGGGAACUCAGGAGUCGACUGGAGCUGGUCCAAGAGGACCUUCAGCAGCUGGAGGAGCUCCUGAAGAGCGGCCCCGAAAUGAUCACCAGUCUGGGUUCUGAGCUCAUCAUCCAGGCAUCGCACCAGCUGUCGCUGUGCCUAGGACCACCCAGAGCAAAACCCGCCACCACCAGCCGGCCUGGCAGCAGCCGCGCCGCUGCCGCCGCCAGCACCUCCGGAGCCGACGUAGCGACAGGAGAAGGCGGUGCUUCGGAGAUGGCGGAGGGGCAGGGGGCCCAGUCCCAAGAGGCUGGCGAAGUCUCUGAAAGGAGAAUCCCCUGUGGCCGUGCCGCUGCCGUCGCUUUCGGUACUGCGGUCGCGGGCGAUGUCACGAGCGCUCCGGCACCAUGCGGGCCAGGUCGCCCCGCCAGUCCCCCCAUGGACCGGGACAGCCCUCCAAACACUGGAGCCCGGGAGACUGAGGACCUCCCGGCCCCCGCAGGCACCUCCUCAGCUGUGCUACCGCCGCCGCCGCCGCUGCCGCCGUCCACUGCUUCUCCUGAAGAACAAUCCCCAGCCACGGCACCGCCGCCAGCGGCUGCUGCUACUGCUGCUGCUGCUGCUCCACUUCCGCCCUCCAUUUCCCCCCCGGCCGCCAACCAAUCCCCCCUGGAGGCUGCUGCGGUGGAAACACGAACGGAGGCUGGAGAUGGGAAUGAUGUCCCACAGGAAGAUAGAACCUGA